GGCGUACUUGACAACCCUGCACAGCUCUGGAAUCUGCCAUUUGAAUCGGUAUUUGACGCAAAUGGGGGAAUUUCUAAAAUAACUAUGGAAAUCAGCAUAAAAUGGAGCAUGUGCCGCACUUGCCGCAAGAAAGAACCGAGCUGCAGCCAUUUCGAAUCUGAUGCCCAGAAACUGUUGGCCUCGUAUGCUGGCUUAGAAGUGGAACCCGACGAUGGACUGCCGGAUCAGAUAUGCUGGGAUUGUUUGGACAGGCUGGAGGAAGUGGAUCGCUUCCUCCGCGAGUGCAAACGGUCCGACGAGCGUCUGAGGACCCUCGUCCGCCAAACAAUGUCCUCGGCCUCUUUUCAGACCCUGGAGAACGAGGAUACGCCAGCCGACCAGAAAAAGCGUUCCCGGAAACAAAACAUUGCAGGGAGACUCAUAGAAGAGAAGCCAAUAAUCCUUAAGACUGAGGGGAAAAUCUUUAUCCAAGAGGAGCCAGGUGAUUUUGUGUAUGUUCUAAAUGUCAAUGCGGAAAACGAGGGAAACCCUGUCCAGGGAGACUACACCAUCGGAUUUGACAAGGAGGAGAACGACGACAACGAUUUGGAAACAUCAUCUCAGGAAGGAAACUUGGUUGUAGACAGCAUUCAGGAGACCAGUGAGGAGUCCCAAAAGUCGGAGGCAGCCCUCGAAUACGAGGUAGAUCUGGGCGUGGUCUGCGUGCCAGACAAGUACAGAUGCAGGAUCUGUAACAACACAUAUCCUCGUAUAUCUCAACUUAAUGUGCACAUGCAAUUGCACCGCAGAGAAAAAGCCCACGAGUGCGAGGUUUGCCAAAAGUCCUUCAGAGCCGCCUGCAACCUGAACCACAUGCGAACCCACACGGGCGAGAAACCCUACAAAUGUAACCACUGCCCGCGGCGAUUCGCCGACUCCAGCACUCAUCGCAAGCACGAACGUAUGCACACGAAUGAGAAACCCUACGCUUGCCACAUUUGCGGAAAGACCUUUUCGCUGUCCACUUCCCGUAAGGCCCACUUCCUCCACUCUUCAGAUAAGCCCCACAAGUGCCUCAUCUGCGACAAGGACUUCCGCCUGAAGCACCAGCUCUCGGCGCACGAGAAGACGCAUGCGCACCUCAUGGGCGUGACGUGGGCUAUGAAGUAUAGCGAACUGAUGGAAUAGCUUAUAAAUACAUAUAAUAGUUUAUGACAAA